CAGUCGCGGCGGCCUCGCUCCCGCCCCCGCCGGGAGGUCCGACGUGGAAGUUGCUGGCUGACCAGGCUUCCAAGGAAACCCCCUGGGAGCCGGAGGCCGAGCCGGAGCCGGAGCCGGAGCCGGAGCGCAGGCCUAGGCGAGGGGAGGUGGCGGCGCCGAGGCUCGAUUAGGAGUCGCUGCCGAGGCCGGGCCCAGUCUCUACCGGUCGACGAGGGAGGACAGGCAGUUCAUCAUGGGUGGCUUUUUCUCAAGCAUUUUUUCCAGUCUGUUUGGAACCCGGGAAAUGAGGAUUUUAAUUUUGGGAUUAGAUGGAGCAGGAAAAACUACAAUUUUGUACAGAUUACAGGUUGGAGAAGUCGUUACUACUAUUCCUACCAUUGGAUUUAAUGUUGAGACGGUAACAUACAAGAACCUAAAAUUCCAAGUCUGGGAUUUAGGAGGACAGACAAGUAUCAGGCCAUACUGGAGAUGUUAUUAUUCAAACACAGAUGCAGUCAUUUAUGUAGUAGACAGUUGUGACCGAGACCGAAUUGGCAUUUCCAAAUCAGAGUUAGUUGCCAUGUUGGAGGAGGAAGAGCUGAGAAAAGCCAUUUUAGUGGUGUUUGCAAAUAAGCAGGACAUGGAACAGGCCAUGACUCCCUCGGAGAUGGCAAAUUCACUUGGGUUACCUGCCUUGAAGGACCGAAAAUGGCAAAUAUUCAAAACUUCAGCAACCAAAGGCACUGGCCUUGAUGAGGCAAUGGAAUGGUUAGUUGAAACAUUAAAGAGCAGACAGUAAUUCAGUCACUUCUGCUCCUUUGAAAUGAAGACCACAUCACAUAUCCCUUUGGAAACAGUUAAAGUGUGCUUCACACUACUAAAUGAUUGUCAGCAUAUACCAAACUGACUGCAGCAUUUGUAAUAAGUAUUAAAAAUAAGUAUUUGGUUGGAAGGGUAACUCAUCGUGAUUGAAUCAACUGAAUGUCUGUUCUGUAUAAUGUAAAAUAUUCCUUCCUUGUUAUCUUGUGUUAAGGUAUAUAUUCUAUUUGUAUGGAAUUCUUAUUCAGAUACAGUCCUAUUAAAGAAUGUACUCUUAUUGAGGAAAAA